AUGUUUGUAAAGAUCAUCAUCUUCCUCAUCUUCGUCGUCCCCCUCACCAACGCCACCUUCGAUUUUGGUGAGUAUGAGUCUGAUAGUGAUGAUGAUGAUGAUGAUGAUAAUGAGAUGGUGCGUCCGGAGUUCGGGGAGCGCUCAGGUGACCUCAACGUGACGACCUUCGCGGGCCAGACUGCACACCUGCCCUGCACCGUCAAGCACCUGGCCGGCAAGAGGGAGGAGGAGGAGGAGAUGGUGUGGAGGAAACAGCAAGAAAACAAGGAGGAGGAGGAAUGGAGGAAGGAGGAAGAAGUAUGGAGGAAAAAGCGGGAAAAUAAAGAUGUGGACAGAAGAAUGAAGGAGGAGGAGGAGUGGAGGAAGGAGGAGGAGGAGGAGAUGGUGUGGAGAAAAAAGCAAGAAAACAAGGAGGAGGAAGAAUGGAGGAAGGAGGAAGAAGUAUGGAGGAAAAAGCGGGAAAAUAAAGAUGUUGAUAGGAGAAUGAAGGAUAAAGAAGAGGAAGGAAGAAGGAUAGAGAUGGUGAUGGUGAACUCCUCUUCCUCUUCCUCCUCUUCCUCCUCUUCUUCUUCCUCUGUCAGACCACAUCACACCACUCCUCCUCCUCCUCCUCCACUACCCUCAACACAUACACCACACCACGCCUUCACUCACCACCACCACCACCACCACCACACCGCUAACCACACCCACCACAAACACCACCACCACCACCCACCACCAUCACCACCACGCAGGAAGAGAGAUCUGGAGUGGUCACCUUUCUUCAGCCCUCAACACCACUACCAUCAGUACCACGAGGAGGAUACCAUCUCAGGGCUUGGAGGAACCCCGGCAUGGUUUCAGAGAGAGCUGGCAAGAUUCAACUACGAGGCAAGAUUGGGAGGGAGAGCGAGAGAGCGGGGGAGAUCCUACACGAGUGACCAGCAGACUCCUAUAGCGAUCUACCCUCAAGGACCUCUCACGCAGGACACCCAGGGUAAAGGACAUGUGCCUGGGCCUAACUACAUCGAGGGAGUGUGGGAGCCCGAGGACUACACGUUGCAGAUUAAGUACACUAAACCCGAGGAUGCCGGAACCUACAUUUGCCAGAUCAACACGGAGCCGCGGAUCACCCAGGCUGUCCGUCUCAAUGUUGUCAACAUGAGGGCAGAGAUCGUGGGGAGCCGGGAGCUGUACGUGAAGGCGGGCACACCUGUCACGCUGGCCUGCAAGGUGAACCACGGGACGCUGAUGCCAGGUUUCAUCCUCUGGUACAAGGGCGACAGGCUGGUGGAGUACGACACGAGUGGCGGGCGGAUCAGCGUGACCACGGAACCGACGGGCGUGAGUCACCUGCUGCUGCGCCACGCCACGCCCGCAGACUCCGCCAACUACACCUGCUCCCCCUCCGCCGGCGCCCCUGCCUCCCUCACGCUGAAUGUGAUUGUGGAUGAGAGACAAGCGGCUAUGCAACAAGGUAACGCCGCCCCUCCCGCGCCCUCCCCGCACCACCACCUCCUGCCCCCAACCCUCGCGCUGAUGUGGGGGUCGUGCGGGGGGCUGUGGGGAAGACUGGGGGGCAUGGGGGUGCUACUAGUGGUGUGGGAGGCUCUAGCGCGCACCCCCUUCCCCUCCCUCCUCCUCCUCCCCAGCUUCCCCCGCCUCCUCCUCCUCCUCCUUCUUCCCCUCUUCUUCGUCGUGUUGUGUGUCAUCGUCAAUUUACGUUUUCAGAAGAGGGGAAGGUUUAAGUGAGGUCCUCUUUGUGUGUGUGUGUGUGUGUGUGUGUGUGUGUGUGUUUAGGGUUAAAAAAGUAGCAUUCGGUGAAGGAAUUUAAACUGUAAAGAAAAAAAUAAAUGUGAAUAAUAAUGAUAAGAAGAAUUUGUGUAUAUCAUUGCAAGUGUAAAUAUUGUGUGCAUGUGUGUGUGUGUGUGUGUGUGUGUGUGUGUGUGUGUGUGUGUGUGUGUAAUUAUAGAAGCAGGUGUAAAUAACGUGGACAGGUGUGUGUGUAUUUGUGUGAAAGUUGGAAUAAGGUGGUUAAUUGAACGUCAUAUCAGGUGUAAAUAUAGACCAGGUGUGUGUUUACGUCUGUUAAGGUGAAGGACAGGUGACUAAAUGAACGUACUAGCAGAGGUGUGAAAAGGUGUGAAAAGAUAAAUGUUCGAAAAAGAAAGUGAAGGAAAGGAAGUGAAAAUUACGAGGUUGUUGAUGCUUAUAAAGAAAGAAAAUAUAAAGGAAGAAAAGGAAAGGUUAAAAUGAGGGAAAGUGACUAAAUGAACGUACUAGCAGAGGUGUGAAAAGGUGUAAAAAGAUUAAUGUUCGAAAAGGAAAGUGAAGGAAAGGAGGUGAAAGUUAUGAAGUUAUGGAUGCUUAUAUAGAAAAAAAUAUGAAUGAAGAAAAGGAAGCUGAAGGGCAGGUGACUAAAUGAACGUACUAAGAGAGGUGUGGAGAGGGGUGACAAGCUAGCAUUCAAAGAGGAAAGGAAAAGUGAAAAUUGUGAAGUGGUAGCUGUUGAGAUGAAGACAAAAAAUGCAAAGGAAAAGGAAAAGUUAAGGUGAGGGACAGGUGACUAAAUUAACAUGCUAAAGGUGUGUCAGAAAGGUGUAACAAGAUACCGUUCGAAAAAGAGAGAAGAAAAUUUGUGAAGCGAUGGCUGUUGAGAGGGGAAAAACGAAAGGAAAGGAAAAGAAUGAAAGGAAAAGGUGACAAAAUGUGUGAAAAGAUACUGUUGGAAAGGGAAAUAAAACGUGAAAAUUAUGAAUGAUGGAUGUAGAAAGGAAGAAAUGAAGGAAUAAAAAAAAGAAGAAAAGAAAAAGUGUCAAAAUGUGUAAAAAUAUAGAGUUUGAUAAUAAAGAAGUAAAAAAUAUACAGUAAUGGUUGUUGAAAAGAAAAAAGAAAAAGAAAAAGGAAAAGAAGGAAAGGAAACAGGUGUGAUGACAUGGCCUUUGUAGA